AUUUCAUUAAAUUUUAACAAAAAAUUAAGAAAAUAUGGAUAAUGAAGAUUUAGAUAUGGAAGUCGUUGCUCCAGAGGAUGCCGAAAGCGAUAUGGAGGGUAAUGAUAGUGAUGGUGAACAACAGGACGACGGCCAAAAAGAAGUGUAUUUGCCGGGCAAACCCUUGGAAGCCGAUGAAGAGUUGGUAUGCGAUGAAUCAGCAUACGUUAUGUUGCAUCAGGCCUCCACCGGGGCACCCUGUCUUAGCUUUGAUGUUAUUGCCGAUGAAUUGGGAGAAAAUAGAGAAAACUAUCCGUUGACAGCCUAUAUGGUGGCUGGUACACAGGCAUCACAAACCCAUGUCAACAAUUUAAUUGUUAUGAAAAUGAGUAACUUGCAUAAAACUCAAGAGGGUGGAGACAAUAAAGAUGAUGAGGACGACGAAGAACUGGAUGACGAUCAAGAUGAGGUUGUCGAUAAAGAUGAACUAAAGAAACCCGAUAUGACUUGUGCUUUAAUAAAGCAUCAAGGCUGUGUUAAUCGUGUACGCUCGAAGCGUAUUGGUAAUACUGUCUUUGCGGCCUCUUGGAGUGAAUUGGGUCAUGUUAACAUAUGGAAUUUAUCUCGCCAACUACAAGCCAUUGAAGAUACUCAGCUUUUGAAGCAGUAUGAAAGAGAAGUAGCCAGCGAAGUAGUUAAGCCAGUUUUCAAAUUUAGUGGCCAUCAACAGGAGGGUUUUGCUCUUGAUUGGAGUCCCUGUGCAGAUGGUGUGUUGGCUACUGGCGACUGCAAGCGCGAUAUUCACAUUUGGUCUCCGUUGGAAGAUGGAACAUGGAAAGUUGAUCAACGACCAUUGAUCGGUCAUACAGCAUCAGUGGAAGAUUUGCAAUGGAGCCCCAAUGAACGCAGUGUCAUUGCCUCAUGCUCGGUUGACAAGUCCAUACGUAUUUGGGAUGUGAGGGCACCGCCCCAGAAGGCCUGCAUGCUGACGUGCGAAAAUACUCAUGAAAGUGAUGUUAAUGUUAUAUCAUGGAAUCGCACUGAGCCAUUUAUAGCAAGUGGUGGUGACGAUGGUUUCUUGCACAUCUGGGACUUGAGACAAUUCCAAACUAAAAAGCCCAUUGCCACUUUCAAACAUCAUACAAAUCACAUAACCACCGUCGAAUGGAAUCCAAGAGAUGCAACAGUUUUGGCAUCCGGCGGCGAUGAUGAUCAAAUCGCUCUAUGGGAUUUGGCAGUAGAAAAAGAUAUUGACCAGGAAGCUCAGGAAAUGGAUACACAAAAUAAUGAUGACCUUCAAAAAUUACCACCUCAACUAUUGUUCAUACAUCAGGGCCAAAAGGAAAUCAAGGAAUUACAUUGGCAUCCCCAAUUGCCCGGAGUUAUUUUAUCAACCGCCCAUAGUGGUUUUAAUAUAUUCCGUACAAUAAGCGUUUAAAAUCAUCUAUUUUAAGAUUAAAGUCAUUUUAGUAAUUAUUUUUUUUUGUUUUUUUUUUACAUUUUUGUAAAUAUGUUUCUUUUUAAUAGUAAUCCAUUAAUAUAAAUUGGAAACCGUUAUUGUGCGCUGGCAUUUUGAUCUUGAUCCUCCUCCUCAUCAUCAUUUAUCAGCAUGGCUGUGUUAAUGAGGUGACGCAUGGUUGGACGGCCAUGAGGACAAUUCUGUAAAGUAUAUAGUUGAGAUUUUUUAUUACGAUCAAAUAAAUAUUCAUGCUAAAUACUAAAACUA